GUCCCACAAUGCAACGUAAACGAGUGGGUAAAUCGCGCUUGCGCCGUGAGCAAUCCCUCUUUGGACCUACGUCUCCACUGAAACGAUGGCCAAGCGUACCAAGAAGGUGGGGAUCGUGGGUAAAUAUGGCACGCGUUAUGGCGCGUCGCUGAGGAAGAUGGUUAAGAAAAUUGAAAUCUCCCAGCACGCAAAAUACACCUGCUCUUUCUGUGGCAAGACCAAGAUGAAGAGGAGGGCCGUUGGCAUCUGGCACUGUGGGUCCUGCAGGAAGACCGUGGCUGGAGGCGCCUGGACAUACAACACAACUUCAGCUGUCACAGUCAAGUCUGCGAUCAGAAGGCUGAAGGAGUUGAAAGACCAGUAAACCUUGGGACUUUUUCUAUUGUUUAACCCACACUGGACAUGGCCACAACAUCAACAAAUAAAUCUGUCUGGAGCGGAA